AUGCUAUCAACAGGAGAAAGAUGCUUCAGAUUCUCAAGGCCUAUGGCAUCCCUACACGGUUGGUGGACGCCAUUAGUAAAACCUACGAGGAAACAAGGGCUAAUGUCUCCUCCCUUAAGGGUGAAACUGAAUUAUUCAAAAUCACCACAGGGGUGCUACAAGGAGUACACACUAGCCCCUUACUUGUUCAUAAUAGUUCUGGACUAUGUACUACGAGAGGCUAUCGAGGGUCACCAGGAGAGUCUUGGGCUAACAAUCAAGCCUAGACAAGGACGCACAGUUAAAGCCGAAAAAGUCACCGAUCUAAACUUUGCAGACGACAUUGCUCUUUUCAGCGAUCAGUUUCAACAAACACAAGACCUAAUCAGAAAUGUUGAAGAAGCGUCGGUCUUCUACCAAAUGCAAAGAAGACAAAAUACACGUUCUUUAACCAUCAUGUUAAUCCUGAGCUCACUUGCACAAGACGACGAAGUAAUUGAACCUGUUGAGAACUUCUUCAAGUAUCUUGAUUCAUGGAUCAGUGACUCAGAACAUGACGUCAAGGUCAGAAAAGGCUUUAGCUUCGAUGACUUGCAAUAA